UUUAUCCAGCCUCUUUCCCUCUCCUUCCCUCCCAGCUUGGAGGGCGGCUGCCUGCGGGAGAAAGGGGGAGGGAAAGGAGAGCCGCAUGUGGGGGGCUGCCCUCCCCUUCCUUCCCUCCCUCCCUCCCUCCCUGUCCCCACAUGAAACCAGACUUAAUGCAAAAAAGCUGGCCAGGCACAGAAGCGGCCAAGCUCGGAGGAGGAAGGGGCUCGCUCAGCAGCAGAGCAGGCGGCCAGGGGGCCAGCAGAAGACGGCCAAGUUUCCUCUCCCAACCAGCCACAUCCAACCGCUGACAUGGCCAUCCUGAUGGACAUCUGCCGGCUUGUUAUGCUGCUGGUGCCCUUGUGUGCCUCAAGAUCCAUACACACAGCAGGGCUUGAAGACAACGGUGGCAGCGGAGAGAGCGAGGGGGCAUCCUCCAUCCCACCCCCUGCAAGCGUGACACUAGGUGCAAACCCCACCUUGAAUGACCUCAUUGUGAAUGGGACUUCAACAUCCCUCAACAUAUUGGACGGGAUUGUGGACUUCUUCCAGAAGUACAUGCUCUUGAUCAUUGUGGUCGGCUCCUUGGUCUUCCUCUUCCUUUUCAUUGUGUGUGCCGCCGUCAUCGUCCGGCAGAAACACAAGGCUUCGGCCUACUAUCCAUCAUCUUUUCCAAAGAAGAAGUAUGUGGACCAGAAUGACAAGUCAGGAGGGGCCAAGGCCUUCAGCGAAGUGCCAGAGAAGCUGUCUGAUGCCGACCAGGAAGAGCCCGCUGACUCCACCAAGCAGCUGCAGGCGGAUAUUUUAGCUGCUGCACAGAACCUCAAAUCCCCAGCCAAGGCUGUCACGAUGAACGGGGAGAGUGCCAAAAUGGAGGACAGGGCAACCAGUGUCAAGGAGGAAGGGACAAAGAUGAUGGAAGAGGCUGAGAAGGAAGAGAAAGCCACUCCAGAAGAACAGGAUGGUCCAGCAGAGGAGGCUGAGACUCCAGCCCUGCCAAACUCGGUAGAUGCGGAAAUCAAUGGUGAAGAUGUGAAGGAUCAACAGGUGGAAGAAGAAAAUCACCCAGCAUCUCCAGAAGAGCCCAAGGAAUCACCAGGGACUGAUAAUUCCACAGGACAAAUCUCAGAAAGUGAGGCAGAUGAGCCGGGGGCUUUACCCCCUGAUGGUACUUGCACCUCAGGAGACUAGGACACAGGGACUCCAUUGCUUGGCUUUCCACCCGUUGGCUAUCGUGUUGAAAAGCUGAUCAUACUGAACCUGUGAUGGCCUUUACUUUUACUCUGUGGGCAACACCAGGCCCUUCAGUAGAUGACGUUUCCCACCUCCAUUUUAGAGAUGCCCCAUUAGAAGUAGCAUACUGAGGUUUGCCUUAACAGUCUCUUCGUUGAAUGACUUAGCCACUCUCCUCUGACACAAGUACAAGGUGUUAUUUAGUUGGUGAGGAUGACUGGAGGAGAUCCACCACUGAGCGCUGACUGAGAUCCAAAUAUAGGACUGAAACCACUGUUGGGUUUAAACCUAUUUUGAAACGUUUUUGUGAAUAGAUAUGGUAGAACCUGUGGUUCAGGCCCAGUUCUGGAUGAGGUUUUUUUUUGCAGUCCCCAAUAAUAGUAGCUGCCUACCCAAUCCCCACUUUCCAGGUGAGUGCCUGGCUGCUCCAUAUUCUAUACUCUCCCUGGGAUCAGUAGCCCAUUCUGGUUUUCUGCCAAAGCUGAAUUUACACAGUGCUGAUUGGCUGGCCUUUUGGGUAAUCAUGAAGCCAAUCGCUCCUUUUGAAGCAAGGCUGUGCAACAUGCCCAUUGGCCAGCCUUUGGGUCAAUUACAAAGCCACCACACCCGCCUUUUUUGGAAGUAGGACUUAGCACAGGACUUAGAACUGAUUGGCCAGCCUUUCGUGUCAAUCACAAAGCCACCUCACUCUUACUUGGAGCCUUUUUUCAGGUGCUGAACAAAUUGUUGAUAAAAGAACAAUGCAUGAUGCUUAAAAAUGUGGCUGGCAAAAUUACAAUCUGGAUUCAAUCUGAAGCUGAGUAUAUGUGCCCUUUGAGGAGCGAAGGUGCAUGGGUGGAAGCAGAGCUCACCUCUUAGAAAAAAUCUCUGCCGCUGUUUACAAGUAGGUCCACCUGUGGCCUGACAAUCUUUGUUAGAGGUUCUUGGUCCAAGAUUCAGUCCUGAAAUUUCAGGGCAGCUCUGCUCCCCAGAUCUCUCCUGGAUAUUUUUUCGUGAUGUUAGGUUUUAAAUUUAACUCCCAUCCACGUGACACAGAAACCUCAGGUGGACUUGAUAAUGGAUGCCACUUCUGACACCAGCCAGGGAGACACCAUCUUUGACACCACAGAUGCCUUUGUGGUCAAUUUCAGUGCUCAAACAAUCCUACAGAAGAUCCUUGCUCAAGAGAAUGGGCUCGGAUCUGGGAUGUGCCCAGCUGAUUGACAUGCAUACUUAAAGUUUCACAAACAUCCAGGCAUUUAUAUUAUUACAAGAAUUUUGGGGUGGAAAGGACAUCCAUCAUGUGUGAGAGAAGCACACCAGAACUGGCCUUUCACGCCACUUGAACCCUGAAGCAUUUGUAUCAUCAGCAAAGGAUCUUAAGAUAAUUUUGAAUUUAUAAUAUCUGUGGAAACAGCAUAUAUUUGGGAAACUCAAAAAAUCUGCCUAAAAUGCCAGUAAUGUUGGCUGGACAUUUUUACUCUUUCUACCAGCUCUGACAGGGUUCGGGGGGAGGUAAACUAAUUUGUUUUAAAACUCACUUUUGUACUUUUGUGAAGGACUUUUGAGUGGCUUUGUUGUUUCCACUUGGGAUUCUGAGACGUUUUCUUCUCUGGCCUGCUCAGGAAAGAGAGGAAUACUUUUAGCGAACGUUACAGCUGGACCAAGAAACUCUUUAUCUUUACAUGUGACAAGCCUUGAAGAAUUUGAGCGAGGGUUUUAUUGGGGGACGACCAUUUUCGCCAAGCUUCUUCACAAAGGUUCUGAUAAUAUUUAUGACUGUGGCCAUUCCUCAGAACACAAGAUAAUAGGGAAGCCCUCUCUGAAGUCAACAAAAGCCAACAAAAAAACAUGGAUGGUUAUGCUCUCUUUAAGAACAGGGAUUUGUCAAUCCAGGCUGGUGGGCUGUGGCUGUGUGCCAUGGAGGGGCUUGGGGAACUAGGUGGGGAUCAUGGAAUUGUAAAGUUGGAAGGGACCCCCAAGGGCCAUCUAGUCCAACCCCCUGCAAUGCAUUAGUGAUGUUUGCCCUGCCCGCUUUCUGGCUGGCUGCGUCCAGCCUCCAUUUAAAUUUCCCAAUAUGCUUCCAAAUACCAGGUGCUGGAAGCCACCAAAGAGGCGUGUGCUCUUGCGAUCGUCUUCUAUCACACAAUACCACGCACACCAUUCUCCUGGGGUGCUGUGGAGAAUUAGAACCCUGGAGCCCCUUGCAUUCAAACCCAGGAGGACCCAACAACCCGGGUAGGCCCCCCCUCAUCCUUUCUUGUUCAACAAGCACCAGGGAUUGGGUGGUUUUUAGGUGAACAGCUUCCGGGAUCCCUUUGCGUGACCAGUGGGAGCAAAGGCAACAUGAGCGGCCAGAGGUCCUUGGCUGAUUAAGACUCUGGGGGUCAAGGGCUACAGGGCCUCAACCAGGAACCUUGGGCCUAGAGUUACCUGGGCAGAAAUAAUGAUUUAUCUGGAAGUGCCCGUUCUCUCUGAUGGAAAAAGCAACUCUCCCCUUCAGUGGUUAUGCCAUGUUCUGAAAAACAUUUUGCUUAAAACCACACAGGGUAAAGAAAGGCCAAGGCUACUUACUGCACGGAGUUUGGGGCCCUUUUGCAAAGCUCCUUUGGCAUUAAGUGUGGAAGGGGAAUGAUGACCAGUACAGGGAUUCCUAAGAAUGGCGUCUACCAAAGCUACUCUCUUGGACUCUUCCAUGGAAAAUGUUGGCAGGCUUCACAAAACAGUAUUCGGUCCCUGGGCAACCACCGCAGAAUAUCUGAAAUCAUUGCCAUCUCGUCCAGAAGUCACAGCAGCUGCCCAAAGAGAUUCAGAGAAAUAAACCAGAGGGGUUAUCUCUGCAUUUUUAUAAACUGAAACCUAACCAAUUACUUAAGAAAUAACCUGAAUAUUAAACAAAUUAAUUAAGUAAAGUUGCAGACUGCAAUGUAUAUUCCCUGCACCUCCUUCCACACCUUCUUUAAACCUUCAGUUACCCAUGCACACAAAUAUACAUUCCUAUGCAGAUCUAUGUUCCAUUUUUCAGUUAUUUGUUUUUUUCUGUGUGCUGCUCUGUGGUAAACUGCUUUUGAAACAGAA